UCUGCGGGUAAUCCACCGUAGCAGGAAGCUCUCUGCCCCUCUCCCACCUCUCUGCAUCACCGUAUGGUUGAAGGGAGACUAGUAAGAGAAGAGAAGAAUCCCUGUUCCAGGUUCAGAUACAGGGGGUGACUCCUCAGGUACUGAAGUGUUUAGCUCUUUGUGGUUGGUCAAUCCUUUAAUUGGACAGCCUAUAGAACUCCCGGGAGCUGUUUUGGGAGAUCAGCACCAUGAUGAGGCAGGCAUCUAGUAGGAAUCAAAGGAACAAACGGAUAAAAGUGAGAUAUGUUCUUCAGAUUUGUCUCUUGGCUGCUGUGUGCUUCUGGUUGCUUUAUCAGCUGAAGCACUCAUAUGACAGGAAGAAGUCAUUGGAUGAGCAUGACUCGACGAUAUUGAACAAUGUGGUCGAUGGCCAGCUGGAAAUUUUAGACCUUGGUAGGAAGGACCUCCCACAUGAGAAGAUGAUGGUUUCUGGGGAUAAAGGCCAUAUGAAGGAAGAAGAAAAUGAAGAGGUCGAGGAGGAAGAAGAUGGAGUAGCUCAGCAUGAGAUAGACGAUGAGGAAGCUGAAGGGGUUGGAGAUGAUGACAUCAAUGAGCAAGAUAAUGAGCAAGGCAACGAGCAGGAUGAUCAAGAGAGAGCAGAUGAGGAAGCUGAAGAUGCAGAAGAGUUUUUUAAUGAGGAAAACAGGGAUGAUCAAGUUGAGGUAUCUGAGCUGAUGGAUGACCAAGAACCCAAGGAGGGUUCUUCCCAGAAGUCACACGAAGAAAGAAAUAAAAGAGAUGAUGCUUCCGGUUCUGCGCAUCAAGAAAACCAGGUGACGGGAACAGAAGAUAGAAUUCACAGUGUGGAUGAGGAGCAACUGAUGAACAAUGAGAAGGAUGUGGAGACUGAAAAUACUACUGGCAGAAAGGAUAAUGAUUCCAAGGAUUACAACAGUACUAGUGUUUCUGUUGUAUUCACCAUGGGCAAUGGUACCAUUCAGAAUGAUAGUCUAAUCAUAAAUGGGACUGCUUUGGAAAAAAAUGAGCAAGAGCUUUCUCCUGCUGACAAUCAAACAAAGCUGCAGGCCAACUCUACGAUAGCAAUUUCAUCUGAUAAUCAAGUGAAAAUGUUGCAGACUGAUUCACCAAUACGUAUCACUAGCAAUGAAACCAAAGGAAAAACUAACUCUGUGCUUAUUGAGAAUGUAACUCCUAGUGGGAGCUCAGUUCAUGGUCAAAAUACCACGAUUAUGUUGGGAAGUUCAGAAGAAGAUAACUCCAACUUGAGAAGAAUGGUGGAGGAACAACUCAAGAAGUCCAACACAUCCAUUUUACAAAAUAGCUCUGAAGUACUCUCCGCCAUGUCUAUCUCUGUGAAUAAAAAUAGAGACACAGUUGAGGAAGAUUCAACUGGUAUUUCACAAAGAAUGGUCAUAGAAGAAGCAAGAGAUGCUCGUACUGGUCCAUCGACCUUAUCUGCAUCCAAAAUGAUGUAAAGGAUACAGAAGACGAAGGCACAGAUUAGUUUUUCUGUGGGAAGCCAAAGGUUUCUGUUUUUGAUUGUAAAUGAUAUGGAGUAGUAGACUGGUAUUUCUUACUAGUUGUUUUGCUUCCUCAGGUUUGCAUUUGUUCCACUUCUGCUUUGAUGAUGUUUCGGAUUUAUGCCAAGCAUUCCCAACAUCAUGUUGCCUGGAUGAGAUCCAAAUGUCAAUUAAAGAGUAGCUUUAGAAACA